ACUGAGAGACUCCUGAUUGGCCGAAAGGUAGGCAUCAUAGUUCAUUUUCAUUGGUUGCAUGUCCAGUGUUGCCUGAAUUAUCUCAAACUAUGGGCUCUAUGGGGAGCGGGGAGCUGUGGGAGCCUGGCUAGGACGCGCCUAUCAGCGUUGUCCGCCCGAUACAUGAUGAUGAUUAUGACCCUGGAGGCUAUACCCUUUGUAUCGGGUGGACUGCGUAGCAUGUACAACGCGUCCUAGCCAGAUUCUAAUAGGAGUUAAUGCCGUUAAUGCGUUCCAUCUUGCUCACAAAGGGCGCAGCCGUCAGCCGAUAGGAUCGUUGUGAGCUGAAAUGUUGCGCAGGCAUCUUCCCUGUCGGCUGUGAUUUUUCAAAGACACUGACAUGAUCCAACCAGUACUUUUAAACGGGAAAAAAUCGGAAUUCAUAGACCAACCCAUCUGCUAACACAACAUGAGCCAUCGAGGACGGACGCCGGUUCCAUCCGGCUGUAGGAGUCAAGGCCAAUCACCUUAGAGAGUCUCCCUAUCUUCUCUAAAGUCUCCAUGGAGCAGACGAGCAGACAUAUACCCUCUCUUGGGCGCCGGAAAUGGUUGAAAUCAUCGAAAUUGUCUCCCGGUCAUACGUCAUAGUCGUAUCAUACGUCCCUGUCAGCCAACGGCAACGCUCAGCUGGUUCCAGUGGCAGGUUCAACCUAGAAAGGACAUCAUCAGUAUUAGGCUGUGCUUUGGAUGGGCACUAUGACAACAGCUUCAUACAGGGAUGUCCUGGCAUCUGCAAUUAAGGAUGCCAAAUUUGAAAACUGGUCUCGUACUUUUUCUUGUAAUCCAGAAUACCUGUUUACUCCAAAAGAUGAACAUGAGGUGUGCCAGAUUUUGGAGUUUUCGCGGCAACAGAAGAAAAAUGUGCGUGUGGUUGGUUGUGGCCAUUCUCCUUCAGAUAUUGCGUGCAGUUCUCAAGUGAUGAUCAGCCUGCGUGAGUACAUGAAGAGGAUCAUAAAGAUAGACAAAGAGCAAUGCACAGUGAAAGCGGAAGCUGGCAUAACAUUGAAGGAGCUUAAUGAGGUUCACUUAGCAUGCCAUGGCCUUGCAAUCACCAGUUUAGGGGCCAUAUCUGACAUAACCUUAGGUGGUGCCAUCAGUACAGGCACUCAUGGCUCAGGAGAGAAAUAUGGCACAAUCUCGUCACAAGUCGUGGAAUUGGAGCUGAUCACAAGCUGUGGUAAAAGAUUGUGCUGCUCCCAGAGUGAAAACACUGAGACCUUCUUGGCAGCAGCUUGUGGUUUAGGAGCUAUGGGUGUCAUCACCACAGUGACACUACUUGUGGAGCCAUCAUAUAACCUGCUUGAGCGACACUAUCCCUGCAACCUUGAUGAGGUUUUAGCGAACCUUGAUGCUCAUUUGAAAAGUUGCGACCACUUCCGCUGUCUCUGGUAUCCGUAUACCAACGGUACUGUGUGCUUUCACCUCAGCAGAACAACAAAGGAAAAAACAAAAACAUCCUUCUGUCAAAGGGCCUACAAGUGGGUGGUUGAAUCUGCUUUUGGCUACUAUGGUAUGGAGCUCCUAUAUUAUUUAAGCACAUGGAUGCCAGGAUGUGUGCCAUUCCUGAAUGGUCUCUUUUUCCGGGUAAUUUUUGCUCCUUGCGGAGAGAGGGUGGAUGUGUCCUACCGGGUGUUCAACUACGAAUGUCGUUUCAAACAGCGUGUCAACGAGUGGGCUAUCCCAAAGGCCUCAGCAGCACUUGCAAUCUGGAAGCUUCGAGAAUGGAUUGAGAACACAUCCGGCAUUUAUGCGCACAUUCCGAUUGAGAUCCGCUUUGCACGUAGUGACAACCUGCUGAUGAGCCCAGCAUAUGGAAGAGACACGUGCUAUAUGAACAUUAUCAUGUACAGGCCAUAUGGUAAGGACGUGCCUUACAAAGAGUACUGGGCAGCGUACGAAGAAAUCAUGAAGGAACUUGGUGGAAGGCCUCAUUGGGCAAAGGCUCACAAAGUAACGGGGAAAGAGUUUGCAGUCAUGUACCCUGGAUUCAAACAAUGGUGCCAAAUUCGCAGACAGCUUGACCCACUGAACAUGUUUGUAAAUAGCUAUUUGCAAAGGGUUCUAACUCGAUAAUUGUCAUUUUCAUUAGUAAGAGGAUUGUGUAUAUUUAUCCUGCUCUCCAUUGUCAUGUUGCUAGUUGAGGAAUUAAAGGGUUACGUAUAAAAGA